GACUGCGAGGACUUUGAGAAAUGCUGCACCAACGUGUGUGGGCUGCGGAGCUGCGUGGCCGCGCGUUUUGCCGACGGCAGCCUCCCUUCUCCGGCUCUGGCUCCCGCCGCCUCCUGCGAGAGCUUCGUGUGCGCGCAGCAAGGCUCGGACUGCGACAUCUGGGACGGGCAGCCCGUGUGCAAGUGCAAGGACCGCUGCGAGAAGGAGCCCAACUUCACCUGCGCCUCCGACGGCCUCACCUACUACAACAAGUGCUACAUGGACGCCGAGGCGUGUCUGCGCGGCACCCGCCUCACCACCGUGCCCUGCAAGCACAUCUUCACCUGGCCCGACACCAGCCCCGUGCCGCAGGAGACCACGGCUCGCCCCACGCCGGGAGCCGGCCCCGAGGUGCCGGUGCCCCCCGCCCUCUACAGCAACCCCUUCCACCAGUCCGUGCGGGCCGGAGGCACCGUCAGCUUCCGCUGCGACGUGAGCGGCCGCCCGCAGCCCGACAUCACCUGGGAGAAACAGAGCGAGCGGGACGAGAACUUCAUCAUGCGGCCGGACCAGAUGUACGGCAACGUGGUGGUCACCAACAUC